AUGAGGGGGACUUACAACGUGACCAGCAGCGAACAAGCCCUCUCGCAGCAUACUGGAGAUUCCUUUGAGCUGGAAAAAAACAAAAGCAAGGUUAGACGUUUGAGAGGCUUGGGCAAGGAACAAUCGUCGCCUGCAGUUGAGAAGCCGUGGAGGGACAGUCGUCGUCUCCUCGAGGUUCAAUUAGUUGCGACAGUUUCAGCUGGUGAGGAAGGAUAUCUCGAGUGGUACAUUCGUGGACCCUCGGACGGCGCUGGAAGCUCCAUGGAGAAGAUCAAAUAA